GACUCUGGGUCUAUUUUUUCCUCCAUCUUGAGAAUGAAAGGUGGGAUCCUGGGGAGACACUGUCCCCCUUCCUGAGGGGCUGCUGACUUGACAACCCUGUGACAUGGACGGCCAACAUUCUAGUGACCACACCCUAUGUGUCUAUCACCCUCAGGACACCCUGGUCUCUUCCUUCUACAGGACUGGGUUCAGAGAGGAGACACCAUGUCCCCCAGCCUCACGGCCCUGCUCUGCCUAGGGCUGAGCGUGGGCCUGAGGACCCCAGUGCAGGCAGGGACCCUCCCCAAACCCACCCUCUGGGCUGAGGCAGGCACUGUGAUCCCCUGGGGGAGCUCAGUGACCAUCUUGUGUCAGGGGGCUCCACAAGCUGAGGAGUACCAUUUGUAUAAAGAUGAUACUUCAGAGCCCUGGUUCAAACAGAAGACACUGGAUCCCAGGAACAAGACCAAGUUCUCCAUCACACAGAUGACAGCGCGUACUGCAGGGAGAUAUCAGUGUUACUAUCUCAGACAAGGUGUCUGGUCAGAGCACAGUGUCCUCCUGGAGCUGGUGGUGACAGGAGCCUACAGCAAACCCAGGCUCUCAGCCCUGCCCAGUGCUGUUGUGACCUCAGGAGAUACCGUCAUCCUCCAGUGUGGCUCACGGCAGGGAUUUGAGAGGUUCGUUCUGACUAAGGAAGGAGAAGACAGGCUCUCCUGGACCCUGGACUCACAGCCUCACCCCAGUGGGCAGUUCCAGGCCCUGUUCUUUGUGGGUCCUGUGACCCCCAGCCACAAGUGGAUGUUCAGAUGCUAUGGAUAUAGCAGGAACACACCCCAAGUGUGGUCACAGCCCAGUGACUCCCUGGAGCUCCUGGCCUCAGCCCAAGGUCUCCAAUGGUACUGGAAUGUGCUGACUGGAGUCUCAGUGGCCCUUGCCCUGCUGCUCUUCCUCCUCCUCUUCCUCUUCCUCCGACACCGGCAUCAGAGCAAAGGCAGGACAUUGGAUGCUGCCAUGAAGGACCCUCAUCCUGGGGAGGGCAUGGAGCUGGACCCUCAGAACAGGACCCAUGAUGACCCCCAGGGAGAGACCUAUGCCCAGGUGACCCUCUCACCAUCAAAGCUCAGGCAGGGAAUGGCCUCCUCACCUUCCCUCCUGUCAGAGGAAUUGCUGGACAUGAAGGAUAGGCAAGCAGAAGAGGACAGACAGAUGGACAGUCAGGCUGCUGCCUCUACUGCCCCCGAGGAUGUGACCUAUGCCCAGCUGACUCACUUGACCCUCAGACGGCAGACAAGGGCACCCACUUCCUGCCCGUCAGAGGAGCCCCCAGAUGAGCCCAGUGUGUAUGCUGCUCUGGCUGUCCACUAGCCCAUGGAGGACCCAGACCCCACAUUCCAGAGAGGGAGCUUUCAGGGACCCUGGAAGGAACAGGAGCUGUCUCCAAGGACACUCGCUAGUGGCCCCAGCCAGCCUGGGGACCUCACAUGGACCCCCAGCACUUUCUGGGACCAUCUGGGAGUCCCCUGAUUCUGCAAUUAGAAAUAACUAAUAUCCCUACACUUUGGAAUCCAAGCAACAGACUUCUCAAGAAUCAACAUAUGAAUUUAGAACCAAAAUGGAAGUAAGAGAAUGCUUUCAGUGAAUGAUAGUGUAAAUACUACACAUUAAACCUACAAAAUGGAACAUUAACAACCAUGAAUGAACAUCUUAGAGAAGAAAAAGGCUAACAUAGAAACCACCUAAGUGUCCUCCCACACAUACUGAGAUGAAGGUGUGGCAACCUGUGUGAUGGAGUGUCACUCGGCCACAGAGAUGAAAUCCUGUCAGUUCAGUGACACGGAGGCAUCAUGAGUAUGUCAGGCUACGUGGGGUAAGUCAGACCCCACCGCACAAGGACCGUACAACUUCACUCGUACAUGGGUGAAAUGUGAAACUCUUCACUGUCAUAUGUAUUAACUAUACGGAACUUGUAAUUAAAAAAUUUCCUGCAAUGUGAACUCGGAGUCUGAAAAGCUUCAUUGGUAAAUGCUUCUGAACACAUAUGCAUGUAUGAAAUACACACACAUGGACACAGACACAAACAUA